GUGGAUAGAGUGCCGAAAGUCGGCACUCUAACGAAAUAUGCUUAUAGUGCCGGAAGCCCGUUUAUUGGUUAAAAAAAAUCACGUGCCAAAACAAAUUCCGAUAUCAUAUAUUUUAAAUUCCAAUCAUUGGAAAAAUAUUUGAACUAUAUAUUGGAAAAAUUUCAUUUCAUUUAUACUUUGAAGAUGUCAACUAGUUUUGCAUGCAAAGAUAUUUUUUUAUCAUUUGAAGAUUUAAAAUCUACUAUUAAGAAAUAUGAAGAUUCUCAUUUUGUGCAGUUGUGGAUUCGUGACGCAAAAACAAUUGAAGCAGCUCGAAAAACCAUUCCAAGAAAAGCUGCUUCAAUAGCUCCACAGAUAAAGUAUUAUUAUAUAAAGUACUGUUGUAUACAUGGCGGAAAAAAGUUUACAAAUAAAGGCAAUGGAAAACGUCAAACUUCGACUUAUAAAAAAGAGUGUCCAUUCUUCUUAAGUUUUAAAGCAUCAGAAGAUGGACAAACAUUAAUCUUGCAAGAUUUAAACAAUGAACAUAAUCAUGAAGUAUCUGAGGAAAAUAUGUUCCAUUUUCUCAUGGCAUACCUGUUGUUGAUUUUAUGAUACAAUCUCCUGAAAAAUGUGAAUUGAAUCUUGAAAUGUCCUGG